AUGUCCACACACACUUCUGCAAGUGAACUGUCGCAAGCCACUGCGACUUCCCCAUCUGGUAUCCCCCUUGACCCUUCACAAAUCAAAGGCAGAAUCUUCACUAGCAAAUACAAUGUCAUUUUAGGUACCUCCUACUUGUUAUCUGACAAAAUCUUCAACUUUCAAAUCCCAACAGAUCAGUCUACCUCCCCGCUCAGUCUAUGGGCAUCGCUAAAGAGAACCAACGCAGAAUCGAACGUUCCAUCAAUUGUUGAUUUAGAUAUUACCAGCGAUGCGGGUAACUUAAUCCUCGGUUAUUUGAAAAACUCUUCCAAUACAACUACUGUUUUUGCAACUGCUGAUGCCUUGACAAAUAUUGCGCCAGCUCUGCUACAACAUCCAAAUGAGUAUCAUUCCUUGCCAUUAUCGUUUCAAGUUUCAACUUUAUCUUACGAUUUCAAUGCAAAAAAAUUAUCAAAUACUUACACUGAUGCGUUACAAAUUGCAAAAACUUUAAAUAUCCCUGUUUUAACUUCCACUAACGCUAAGGAAGCACAGUAUUUUACUGUCGUUUCUCAGGUUUUGGCAAAACUAAAUAUUGCCAACAUUCAUUUAUUCAAUGGAAAGUCUGUUUCCGUCAAUGAAACUCUGAAUGUUUCCAAUGCUGAUGACUUGAAGAAAACUUUCACCGAAUUAUACAAUGUUUUGAAGGGUUCCAUCAUUGGUGUUCCAAAGACAACCGUUGUUUCUUUGGCCUUGGAGAAACUGAAUACCGUUUUAGGUACGAAAUUUGGUGUUUUCGAAUAUUUCGGUAACAAGGAUGCGUCGAGUAUUUACGCUGUCUUUGCAAUUGAUGAGACGGUUGUUGAAUUUGCUAGAUCCACUGACGACAAUGUUCAUGAUUUUGGUAUUUUAUUGAUUAAAUCUGCGGUUCCUUUUGAAUCUGCUAAGUUCAAUGAAUUUGUGGGUACCAAUGCUAAAAAUAUCAACGUAGUUGCUGAAACAACCAAUGGUGUCUCAUCUUUAAGAUUAGACAUUCAAGCAUCCCUAUUUUUCCAAGGUAGAUUCAAUGUUCAAGUUUCUGAUGUUUCCGUAACCGACUUGACAAAUAAAUUCAAUAAAAAAGGCAAAUCAUACAGAUUCUUAUUGAAUGAUAAUUCUAAAUUUAUUGAGUUUCCAGCAAAACUUGCAAAUGCCAUUUCGUUUGAUGAAGAUAUUCAAUUCACUCCUGUCUACGAUAACUCUAUCAACGCAGGCCUAUUUGAUGUUACUAUUUCAACCGGACCUUACGAAAAGGUUGAUUUCUUAUUGGUUGAAGAUAUCAACAUCUUCAAUUCCGUCAACGUCUUUGAAUUUUUAAACGCCGGUGCAUCACUGGUAAUUUUGUGCGAUGGUUUUGAUACAGAGAAAAUUGAGAAGAAGUUAUCUACUCAAAUUAAGAAGUUAUUAGCUUUAAAGGAAAUUGAGUUGCAACUUCUUGACUUAGAAGCUAUCGGCGAACACGAUGAAACCAAGGGCAGAACUUCAUCGAUUGCCAUCCAAUCUGUAUUCUGGACAUUGACUCAUCCUUCAUUAAUUAAACAUUCUGUUGUAACAAAGAUUUUGCAAUUUUUUGGUUCUGAAGCAGAACUGUUAGCUUCAGUGAUUGCCGAUCAAGUUGAAAAUGCAAAGGCUAUUGGGUUAAAGACAUUAAAGUACAAUGCUGAGUGGUCUACAUUAGAAGAUAAUGAAGAUGAUGAAUUCUCGGUUAUUGGAGCAACUUCUUUUGCGCCUAACCCAAGAGAAGCAUUUAUGGAUAAUGUUAAUGUCCAAAUUGAAAAACCACAUGAAUUAGUUAAGAAGUUAAUGUUCAAGGAGGCUUAUGGCACCACCAAAUCCCUAAGACCAGAUCAACCUGUUAAGAAUUUUGUUGUCAAGGUAAAGGAGAAUAAGAGAUUAACACCAAGUGAUUAUGAUCGUAACAUUUUCCAUAUUGAAUUUGAUGUUUCUGGUACAGGAUUGACGUACAAUAUUGGUGAAGCUUUAGGUGUUCAUGGUAGAAAUAAUGCCGAAUUGGUGGGAGAGUUUAUUAAAAUGUAUGGCUUGGACGCUAAUGAAUUGGUCGAAGUUGCUCACAAGGAUAACUCUGAUCUUUUUGAGAUUAGAACUAUUGAACAAACACUCAUUGAGAAUUUAGACUUAUUUGGAAAACCACCAAAGAGAUUCUAUGAAUCACUAAUUGAAUUUGCAAGUGACGAAGAUGAGAAGAAAGAAUUAGAAAAACUAAUUUCACCAGCAGGUGCGGCUCUUUUCAAGAAAUUUCAAGAAGAAGAAUUCUACACAUUUGCUGAUAUUUUUGAAAUAUUCAAAUCCGUCAGACCAUCAGCGCAAGAUUUAGUCCAACUUAUUUCUCCACUGAAGAGAAGAGAAUAUUCUAUUGCGUCGUCUCAAAAAUUACAUCCAAAUGAAGUUCAUUUGCUAAUUGUUGUUGUUGAUUGGGUUGAUAAUAAGGGUCGUAAGAGAUACGGUCAAUGUUCCAAGUACUUAUCUGAUCUGCAAGUGGGUCAAGAACUGGUUGUUUCCGUGAAACCCUCGAUUAUGAAACUCCCACCUCUAACUACACAGCCUAUUAUUAUGGCAGGUUUAGGUACUGGUUUGGCACCAUUCAAGGCAUUUAUCGAAGAAAGACAGUAUCAACUAGAACAUGGUGCGGAAAUCGGUGAAAUUUACCUAUACUUGGGUUCAAGACACAAGAGACAAGAGUACUUAUAUGGUGAGUACUGGGAAUCUUACAUGGAUGCAAACGUUCUAACCCAUCUAGGUGCAGCGUUCUCAAGAGAUCAGCCAAAGAAGAUUUAUAUCCAAGAUAAGAUCAGAGAAAACUUGGAUGAAUUAAGAGAUUUGAUUAUUGACAAGCAAGGUCAUUUCUACUUGUGUGGUCCAACCUGGCCAGUUCCUGAUAUUUCAGCAUGUUUACAAGAUGUUGUUAAGGCGGAUGCAGCUAAGAAGGGUAUCAAGGUCGAUGCAGCCAAGGCUGUUGAAGAAAUGAAGGAAGAGGGCAAGUAUGUUCUUGAAGUUUAUUAG